AUGCUGCUGGAGCACACGACGGACAUCUACGACGGCGUCACGGUCGACGGGGCCAGCCUCCCGGCGACCACGGAAGAGUUCAAGUCGGUGCUGGAAGCCUCGCUGGAGGCGUGGAGAUCCACGGGGAAGAAAGGGGUGUGGUUGAAGGUGCCGGCGGACAGAACGGAGCUGGUACCGGUGUCGAUCGACCUGGGCUUCGAGCUGCACCACGCGGAGAAGGCCUACAUCAUGUUAAACAUGUGGUUGCCCUCCACCGCGAGCCAGCUCCCGGCAAACGCCAGCCACCAGGUCGGAGUAGGCGCGCUGGUGCUCAACGAGGAUGGAGACGUGCUCGUGGUGCGAGAAAGAAAUGGUCCGCUGAGAGGAACGGGUAUAUGGAAGUUCCCGACGGGUCUGAUUGACGCCGGCGAGGAUCUCCCAGACGCGGCGGCGAGAGAGGUGCGGGAGGAAACCGGGCUGGACACGGAGUUCGACUCGGUGUUGGCCUUUCGGCACGGGCACCGGGGGCUGUUCGGGAAGAGCGACCUGUUCUUCGUGGUUAGGAUGCGGUUGACACCCGGUGCGGACUCGUCUGCACUCCAGCCACAGGAAUCGGAGAUAGAGGAGUGCCAGUGGAUGCCGAGAAAACUCUUCGCCAAACAGAGCGCGGAGUCGGGCACCGUGCUGCUGCAAGAACUGACCACGAUCAUGGAAGGCCAUCUUGCAGGAGAAGCAACCAACGGCUUGAGGGUAGCAGCCGCAGCAGAAGAGGAGGGGGGAGCGGAGGGACACAAGGGCGAAGAUGGACGGAAAAAGGGUGGGGGCGAAGAUGGGGAGCGGCGCAGACAUGCUGCCGCUUUCAGGGGGAAGAAGCGGGAGUUUUCGCGAAAAUAGGGCGGACAGAGCAUGCUUUACCACGGAAAGUUGUGAAGCGAAUUAGAAGGCAGGGUGUGCACUUUGCUGUUGUGGACAUCGUUGGAAUUUUGUAUUGGAGCGAUUGGCGUUUCUGUCGAGAGGGGGGGGGGGGG